AUGGAACCUGCUGUCGACGCCGAGACUUUGUUUGACUACCUGGGCAAACGGUACGAAGACGCCUAUGUCAAUAGCCCGCAGCUCGAGGCGGUCGUUCAAGACGUCCUCAAACAGCUCAAGCCCGGCAGUCGCAUUCUAGAUAUUGGCUGCGGCACAGGGAAGCCGGUGGCUGCAAUGCUCGCUGCCGCCGGCCACUCCGUGCAUGGAAUCGAUGUCUCAGAGGAAAUGCUGAAAAUCGCUCGCGCGCAAGUACCGGGAACGUUUGAAAAGAUGGAUAUGAGGAAGUUCGUUCCCUCAUACAAGUUCGAUGCAAUCUUUGCGAUCUACUCCCUCUUCCAGAUAUCUCCUAGCGAGACGCACGCCAUGGCUUCACGUUUUGCCGAAUGGUUGCAGGGUGAUGGAGGAAUCUUAGUUCUCGGUGUCGGUGUAACUCCCAGCACGAGCUUGAACAAGGUAUUGAUUGAAGAUAAAAUCUGGAACAGUGUUCGAUGGGUGGGAAAGCCGUGGAUGACCAAAACCACAGAUGAGACGUUGAUGUCAAGGCAAGGGUGGAGGGACCUUUUGCGGGGCACUGGAUUGGUUAUCGAGGCAGAAACUUCUUACACGUUCCACCCAGAUGACUCUGAGCACAAGGUGCCAGAAGACACCUAUCUUCUUGUUGCAAAAAGACUGCCACUAGUCUGCCCAUUUCUUGGACCAUAUCCGCACCCAGAGGUGCACUCAAAGUCACGCACUCGGAAUGCGUCCGCUUGGAAGGAAUUUCAAAGCCGAUUUGCCUUUGAGGCAGGUCAGGAAGCGAUCCUAGAUCCUUUGAAGGACGGCACGAAAAUCCUUGAUAUUGGUGAUGGUCUUGGAUGUAUUUUAAAAGAGGCAGUCGAUAUCGUAUCAAAAGCAACAAAGGCACCCCUUCAUACAUUGGGAAAUUUGCCUUUCGCAGAUCGCAGCUUUGAUACCGCUUUUGCGUUGUUGACUUUGGACUACGCAGACGACCUCGAAAAGACACUCCAAGAAAUUGCGCGAGUAACAGAUAUAACUAAUCCCAACUCUCGCAUCAUCGUCGUCCAGUCCGCACCAGAGAGCGAAUCUCAAAAACUGAUGAGUGCCAUUUGCACACCCCUAAGUGCGCAAGACGAGGCACGACAUCAAGGGUAUAUCCUUCACACCGGUGCUCUCGACGUUCUUCCGAAAAUGGGGUUCGGCGAUGUGUGUGCCCGGCGAGUCAGGAGCAAUCUCCAUUUCCGCGAGGAAGAAAUCCCGCGGCAGUAUGACCGAGCGGCAGAAUUAUUCGCGGGCCUUUGGUAUCGAGAGGAUCCCAAUUUUGAGCAAAUGAAGGAAGCUCUGAUGCCCCAGCUCAAAUUGAUGUUCAAAGACCAUCCUAAUAUCAUCCGGAGCGAGUUGGUGGUACUUCUUGCCAGACCUACUCAAAAGUAA